AUGUUCCGCUGCGGGCCGUUUUUUCGCCUCGCGAGUGCACGCGGCGGCGCGCAACCUGCCUCGCGGGGCCCCCCGAUGAAAGCGGCCGAUACGCGGCGAUCGCCCGGCGCACCAAUUACGCCGCCCGGUCAAAAAAGCCGCGGGUAUCUAUACGAAAUCGGCGUUGCGCCGCGGAAUGCGGCAGGGCGCGGUCCGCGGAUAGUGUCCCCUAACGAGCCGGAGAGCCUUCUCGGAACGGCCGAACGAGAGUCGCGUUUCAAUAAGACCAAUUACAGGCGAAGCGCGCCGUAUAUUUUUUCUCACGCCCGCCGCCGCCCGCGCGCCCGCCGCACCAGGCGCACUCACCGACACCAGCCCAAA